GGGCUUCCCGACCCAAGUCCUCCGUGUCGGACCGGGACCCUCCUCAGCCACAGGGUUCGGCUCAGACAGAAAGUCCCCGAGUUGUAGUAAAAGCCACGGCCCCGGCCCCCGGCAGCAGGUCAGGCGUCCGCUGGACGGGGCGCCGGAGGUCGUUGUCCGCUUCCCCGUCAGCCUUCCCCGUGGCGGGAAGGACGCCGGGAAGGACGCGCUGCGGGGCCUCAUCACGGUGCCUCGGGCGCAGAGCGAGGAGCUCUCCAGGGCGUGCCUCCAUGAGGCUCCAGGUGUGCGGUGACAGCAGCGUCCACGUGGGGCCCAGAGUGGGUCACGCCCCUGAGCUGCUCUCCAGUCAUUUAUCCAUCAGACACCAGGUCUCUGCAGAUCUGCAUGCAAGUCCCAUCGGAACCAAUGUGCGAGCUUAACAACUUCAGCAACAUGAACGGUAUUGCUCGUUUUAAAUGCUCCACUGAUGAUAGUUUAUAUUGAAGACAUCAAAUACGUUCAAAAUUUCAGGUCAGAGCUCCCUUUCUGGAGGCCGUGGUGAGGAAGUUUGAUGACGUCUAUGGAAAGGGAAGCGAGGGCAAAGAGUGUGACAACCUGUUCACCAUCAUUGCCCAUUUGUAUGACUUCCACGUGGCAGUCUCUUCUCAUAUUCGACAUUUUGGAAAAACUUACUGGGAAUUUCACAGAGAAAGAUAUGGAACUGAUCCUAUUAAUGCAGAGAAAUGUGGGCUUUUCUUUGAGAAAAGAUGAUGUUUUGUCCCUGGAAGUGAUCAAAGAGACCCAGGCCAAAGCCAUCGGGGCAGGCGGCAAGUUCCAGGACAAGACCAGGAUUCGCUUUAUGCUGGAAAUGAUGUUGGUCCUGAAGAGCGAUGACAUGCAGAGGAUUCUGGGCUUUGACCCUGAGCCUGUAGAGAAACUGAGGAAAUUGCAAAGAGCUUUGGCAGUUGACUGGUGGAGUUCAGGUGUUCUAAUGUAUGAACUAUUCACAGUUGAUGGGGAGAAGAAUUUCGGAGGUGAGCCCUCUAGGAUCGUGGACACAUCCCCCAGCAGCUCCUCAAGGAGCUGCUGGGGGACAGCAUGGCCCUCGAGGCUGAACAGGUCCAGAGGAUGAACCAGCCCGCCCACCUGAGCUGGGAGCUGGAGCAGCAGUCAGAAGCCUCCAGCCAUAUUGUAGAGUUGAAAAGAGAAAACAAGGGCACGGUACAGGAGCUGCGGGGUGCCUCCAUCGCACUGCAGGAAAGCAGCAUUAAGUACAUGGAGCUGAAAGAGGAGAACCAGCAGCUCCGAAAGCAGAUGGAGGAGUUGCGGUUGCAGCUAUUGCAGGAAAAGGACAACAGCCAGGAGUGGGAGAGCCUCACUGAGGAGCUCGUUAAAGCCCUAGAGCAGCUGCACCAUGAGGUUGACACCCUGAAGGCAGACGGAGCCCUGCAGAUGUUAGAGUUGGAGAGGCAACUCCAAAAAGAAAAGGACAACAACCAGAACUUAGAGAACAUCAAUAAGGAGCUAUUGAAUGACCUAAAGCAGGUGCUCGAUGCGGUAGACACCGUAGAGGCGGAGGCCCCACAGCAGCUGGACCCUUCCAUUCUGGCCUCCAAGAACCAGCAGGCGGCCAAGGAGAGGGAGUGGGAGGAGCUGUACGAGCUGCUGGAGCAGCUGAUUGAAGUCCAUGAGGCCCUGCUGCAGGACCACGCAUGCCUGGGGGUGCUCCAUGACCAGCUGUCUGGGCAGUACCAGGCCCUCGUGGAGGAGCACAGCCGCCACAAGACCCUGCUGCGCGGUUCCCUGGAAAUGGAGAGCAAGGUGUUCAGGCUUAGAGAGCAGGACCAGCGCCAACAUGAGGAAUCCCUGCAGGAGCUGAGGAAGCUCCUGAACACCCAGAGGGCGGCUCUGAAACAGGAGCAGGAGGCGAACACCCUGGCCGCCCAGGAGAAGGAGAGGCUGCAGCAGGAACUUGACAGAGCCAACUUCUGGAACCGGCUGGUGAAGAGGGAGCAGGAGGAGCUGCGCACCCAGAGCAAAGACAUGCAAACAUCUCUCGAGAAGCUGCAGCAGGAAGUGAGGCUCUGGCAGGCCCGGUACGAAGGGGCGAAGGAGGACCUGCAGAGCAUGGAAAUCUCGGUGAAGAAGCUGAGCAGCCAGUGCGAGGUGCUCUCCAGUGUGAAGGAGAAUUUGGAAGAGGAAAAAGAUCACCUCAAGAGCCAGAUUGACACAUUGGCCAACAGGAACAGUCGGCUUAUAAAGGAGAUUGAGGAAAAUAAACAGCACAUGAACAAGCGCUGGAUUGGAGCCAGAACCUUCAUCAAAUUCUUCAAACGCAAAAACAACGGUUCUGGAGAACCAGCGGAGCCGACCCCAGACAGCCCUCCCGGGCCCCCGGAGGCCACGCCAUCAUGCUCAUACCGGAUGGAAGAGCGAGAUGCCCCCAGCAGACCACCUCCAGAAGCUGCUUUGGUCCCUGAAGAUGCUGAACCCGCCUGGGGCACCAGCAGUGAGUAG